AACGUUUUAAAUUGGGGUGAUCAGAGAAGGACUCAUCGAGAAGGUGGCAUUUGUGCAAAGACCUGAAGGAGGGAGGUGCUAACCACAUAGAUAUUUGGGGGAACAGUGUUCCAGGUGGAGGGAACAGACAAUACAAAUGCCUUAAGGUGGGAGCAGAUCAGGCAAGUUCUAAAACAACCAUUGUGGUUUUCGGGCGAGCAACGCGGCACCUGCCAUGCCGGUGGUGAUGGUUCUGCCGUGGCCCGCAGCCCAGGGACUCCUCCGGAAAUGUUGGGAGCAGCUGCAGCGGAAACUUCGGCAGAGCCGGCCAGGCUUUCCCAGUCUUCAAUGGGGACCAGCAUUAGCGGUCCAAGGUCCAGCUAUACUUACAGAACCAGCAAAUGAUACCAAUGGAAGUAAGGAGAUUUCCAGCUUCUUGGAGAGCAUCUUUUGGAUGGCAGCUCCCCAAAACAGACGCAGCAUUGAAGUUAACAGGUGUAGGAGAAGAAACCCUCAUAAGCUUAUUAAAGUUAAGAACAAUAGAGACAUUUCUCCUGAAUGUGGUCACCUGAAACAGAAACACGUCCUCUGUGGCUAUUGCUAUGAGAAGGUGUGUAAAGAGACAGCGGAAAUCAGACGACAGAUAGAGAAGCAAGAGGGAGGCCCUUUCAAGGCUCCUACCGUGGAGACCAUGGUGCUGUACUUGGGGGAGACACCCUCCAAGCAAGAUCAGGGCAAGAGGAUCAUUGAGAGAGAACGGAAGCGGCCAUCCUGGUUCACCCAGAAUUGACACCAAACAUGUUUCAAGAGGAUAACUUCACAUAAGACGUUUCUCCUGAAAAAGAGGAAGAUUCUUUGUUUUUAUGUUGGUUGUGUGCUUGUUUUUAAAUCAUCAGCAUAGCCUAAAACAUUCUUUAUAAGCAGUUAGUUUUUUGUGGGUAAUUUGAAGAAUGCAUCAGGAGUAAAGUCUGAAAAUGUUUGUUUAUGCAGAGGCUCAGUGGAUUUAUGUGUCUGUUUCUAUUAUACUAUGAAGUUUUAGUAAACAGAAUUUUCAG